AUGUACGUGGUCAAGCGCGAUGGCCGGCGUGAAGACGUCAAGUUCGACAAGAUCACAGCUCGAAUCACGAAGCUUUGCUAUGGACUCAAUCCAGAUUACGUUGAUGCUGUCAAGAUCUCGCAAAAAGUCGUCGCUGGUGUGUACCCUGGCGUAACCACGUCCGAACUCGACGAGCUCGCGGCCGAAACGGCUGCGUAUCAAAGUACCCAACACCCGGACUUUUCCAAGCUUGCAGCACGUAUUGCCGUGUCUAAUCUUCAUAAAAACACAAACAAGGUUUUUAGUGAUAACAUUGAAGUCUUCCAUAAGAAUGUACACGAAAAGACAGGAGCAGCAGCGCCACUUAUUGCUGACGACGUUUACGAGAUUGUAAUGCAGCACAAAGAUGAACUCAAUUCAGCAAUUAUCUACGACCGUGACUUUGAGUAUGACUAUUUUGGCUUUAAGACACUCGAGCGAGGGUAUCUCUUUCGUGUAAAUGGAAAAGUUGUCGAGCGACCUCAACAGAUGAUCCUUCGUGUGGCGUUAGGAAUUCACAAGAAUGACAUUAAAGCUGCACUCGAGACAUACGAGUUCAUGUCACAAAAGUUUUUUACCCACGCGACACCAACACUCUUCAAUGCAGGUACACCGCGUCCACAAUUAUCGUCAUGCUUUCUUUUGGCAAUGCAGGAUGAUUCAAUAGAAGGUAUAUAUGAUACACUUAAACAAUGUGCGUGUAUUUCGAAAUGGGCUGGUGGGAUUGGAGUUAGUAUGCACAACAUCCGUGCGACAAACAGUUACAUUCGGGGCACCAACGGCUCAUCGAAUGGAAUCAUUCCAAUGUUGCGCGUUUUUAAUGAUACUGCUCGAUAUGUGGAUCAAGGUGGUGGUAAGCGCAAAGGAUCGUUUGCUAUCUAUUUAGAACCGUGGCAUGCCGAUGUUUUUGAAUUUCUGGAUUUGCGAAAGAAUCACGGCAAUGAGCUACAUCGUGCCCGUGAUUUGUUCUAUGCACUAUGGAUACCGGAUCUCUUUAUGAAGCGCGUCGAAGCGAAUGGCAAGUGGAGUCUCUUCUGUCCGAACGAAGCGCCUGGACUUUACGAAUGCUGGGGUGAUGAAUUCGAUGCAUUAUAUACUAAGUACGAACAGGAUGGACGUGCUCGAAAAACGAUUAAUGCUCAGCAGCUAUGGUUUGCUAUUCUGGACGCUCAGAUUGAAACUGGUGUUCCUUAUAUGCUCUACAAAGACGCUGCGAAUCGAAAGUCGAACCAGCAAAAUCUUGGCACAAUUCGUUCGAGCAAUUUAUGCUGCGAAGUGAUGGAAUAUACUUCUCCGGAUGAAGUCGCAGUUUGCAAUUUGGCAUCUGUGGCCUUGCCUAAAUUUGUGAAUGACCGUGUUUUUGACUACCAGAAAUUGUACGACGUGGUGAAAAUAGUGACGCGCAACCUUAACAAGGUCAUUGAUGUCAAUUAUUAUCCCGUCAUAGAAGCUGAAAAGUCCAACAUGCGACACCGACCGGUCGGCAUUGGCGUCCAGGGACUGGCUGAUGCGUUUAUUCUCAUGAAUUACGCGUUUGAGAGUCCUUCGGCGCGCGAGCUGAAUAAAAAUAUUUUUGAGACGAUUUACUAUUCUUCCAUGGAAACGUCAAUGGAAAUUGCAAAAGAAUUAGGUCCUUACGAGACAUUCCAAGGAUCACCAGCAAGCAAAGGCAUUUUUCAGUUUGACAUGUGGGGAGUCACUCCAUCGUCGGGACUUUGGGAUUGGGAUGCACUCAAGAAAAAGGUUAUGCAACAUGGUUUACGGAAUUCGCUACUGGUAGCCCCUAUGCCAACAGCAUCUACAGCUCAGAUUUUGGGCAACAAUGAAUCAAUCGAGCCAUAUACUUCUAACAUGUACAACCGUCGCGUGUUGGCCGGCGAAUUUACGAUUGUCAAUAAGUAUCUGAUGAAAGAGCUAAUUGAAUUAGGAAUCUGGACGCCACAAGUGCGAAACCAAAUUUUGAACGAUAGUGGGUCGGUUCAAAAGAUCAAAGCCAUUCCCGAGGCGGUGAAGGAAAAGUACAAGACUGUGUGGGAAAUUAAACAGAAGGCCGUGCUAGACAUGUCAGCCGAUCGAGGCGCGUAUAUUUGCCAGAGCCAGUCGCUGAACAUUCACAUUGCUGACCCGACCAUUAGUAAACUUACGUCCAUGCACUUCUAUGCUUGGAAAAAGGGACUCAAGACGGGCAUGUACUACAUGCGUGGACGACCUAAAGCUGACGCGAUUCAAUUUACUGUGGAUAAGCAGGGUAUAGACUUGCAGCGUGCGAACGAAAUGGCAGCGAAGGCAACGGCCACAGAGAUUAUUGCUCGAGCAGGGGACGAUGAAGACGAUUGUUUGGUUUGCGGAGCGUAG